ACCUCCCUUUCAUCCACAUAAGAACGCGCGCUGAAGCCCAUACGCAUCUCUUCUCUCAGCUACAUCUUCUGCUACACGCCUACUUGUACCAUCGACCGCGAUGGCCUUCAGACCUACCUCGCUUGUGCGCAGCACCGGCCUUUCUUCCAUCCUCAAGAAGAGACCGGACGAUGUGGUCUUCACCACCGCUCUGCGCACACCGGUAGCCAGAAUGGGCAAGGGUUUCAAACAUGCCUAUCCCGAGGAGUUGCUCGCGUUCGUGCUGCAAAAGACGCGGGAGAGGCUCGAGGCUCAAGGUGUUGACAUCAAGGUCAUCGAGGACAUCUGCACGGGCACUGUGCUUGCCGAGCUGGGCGGAGCCAAGAGCGGACGGCUGGCUGCGUUGCACGCUGGCAUGCCCAUCGAGACUGCUUACUACACCACCAACAGGCAGUGCGCUUCGUCACUACAAUCCAUCACCAACAUUGCCAACUCCAUCCGAACAGGAGAGAUCAAGUGCGGCGUGGCGACGGGCAUGGAGUCGAUGACGCGCGACUGGGAGACCAAGGCUAUACCCGUCAAGCUGUCUCCAGCAAUGGCCAAGUCGCCAUCCCAGCACGCGCGGGACUGCAUGAUGAGCAUGGGUCUCACAUCCGAAAAUGUAGCCAGCAGGUACAACAUCGACCGCAAGAGGCAGGACGAAUUCGCUUUGCAAUCGCAGCUCAGGGCGGCCAAAGCCCAAGAGGAUGGCAGGUUGGCAGAAGAGAUUGUUCCCAUCGAUGUGAGGUGGGUCGAUGAGGAUGGAACAGAGACCACCAAGCUCGUCAGUCGGGACGAGGGUGUGAGAAAGGGCACGACCUAUGAGAGCUUGGCCAAGCUGAAGCCAGUUUUCAAGGAGAAUGGUGGAUCUACAGCUGGAAAUUCGAGUCAAGUGUCUGAUGGAGCAGUGGCCCUCACUUUGGCGAGGCGAGACGUUGCAGAGCAAGCAGGCAUGCAGAUCUUGGGUCGCUGGAUUGGCACAGCCACCAAGGGCGUUAGGCCGGACGAGAUGGGUAUCGGACCAGCUAUCUCGACUCCUAAAUUGCUCGAGAGACUCGGCCUGAGCGCCAAAGAUGUGGAUCUCUGGGAGCUGAAUGAAGCCUUUGCAUCGCAAGCUUUGAUGACCAUUGAUACGCUCGGCUUAGAUCAGUCCAAGGUCAAUGUCAAAGGAGGCGCCAUAGCGCUAGGACACCCGCUUGGUGCCUCAGGAGGAAGACUGAUUACCAGCUUGCUGACAGAGCUGAGGAGGACAGGUCAAUCCGUCGGAGUAGCUACUCUGUGCUGCGGAACGGGAUAUGGCAAGAGCACGCUGAUUGUCGCCGAGUAAUGGAAAUGCUGGUCCGAUAUGUCACCGUAUUCCAGGCAAUGUCGACUGCGAAUGCGCAGCUGUCACUCGCUCUCAUUCCUCGCGCUUCCCAAUCUCAGCAUUUCCGUCGUCGUGAGCAUGCUUUGAGAGCAGCGUGUCGCACAUGUCAGCUAGACGCGACCUCGUCCGGCAAAGCAAGCCGGGAUGAGGGUGGUACCCAAGACUUGACACUAAAACCCCAAAACUAUUUGACUCAUCAACUCAAACUCUCG